UCUGUUUCAUUUCAGUACAAUAUUCACAUUGGAGCAAAGCAAUCCUAAUUCGCGCUCGACCGAAACUAUGGAAGACCAGGAACAAGAUUCGGACUUUGGGUUUGGCCUAUUUGCUGAUUAUCCGGAAGAUGAGCUUCAUCCAUUGCAAAUCGAUGUGUUUGAAACCGAAGACGAGGAAAAGCGGAAACUGUCUCCAACGAAUAUUUAUCAGCCGGUGAAGGAAGGUACCCAGAUGCAUCGCGCCAUUCGGAAGGGGGAUCAAACAUUGAUUGAUAAAUAUCUGGCAGCCUAUCAAGAAGGUUUCGAUAAAAUAAGGAAUUAUUUGUUGGACAAGUAUCAGUGGAACGGUGAAGACAGAAUAUGGUUGCGAAAGUACAACCUGAUUGCGGUGGGUGAGGAGCAGUGUAAUGCAUGUAAGGAGUUGGAGAAGAGCUCCGCAAGGGACGGCAAUUUGGAAAAGGCCGUUUUCAUACUUCUGACUGUUCCUGUCGAUGGUGAAGAAGUGGCUGUAAUACAUCCCGACAGUAGUAAUCGUUUGGAAGUAAGUAAAAUAGUGCGAACACUACUUCCAAAUGGACUUCUGUCGUGGAACUAUACUGGAUCUCAAGAUGAAUUCUAUCAGAAGAAAGAAACGUUCAUAGAAUUAGCAGCAUCAAUCGGAAGGAACAGCAUCAUUACUCGAUUGUAUGAGCUAGGGGCAGAGCUUAGUAUACCAAAUCACUGUCCAUUGAUGGCGGCAUGCUCGGCACUUCGCAAGGACACUAUCCGCUGGUUGCUUACUGAGCAUUUCGACCAUUUUGACUGCACUCAGCGGAACUCGAAUCAAAUGAAUGCAUUCCUAGUCCUUAUGUCAAAGCAGGACGUAACUAUGCUGGAUUAUGUAUUGCAGAAAAUGAUAAGUUACCGACAAAAGUAUUACCACGAAGAUGAAGCGGAAGCGUUUAAGAAAAUAUUUCAUUAUGAAAACACGGAGCUCAGUAGUUUGUCUAGCUUGACCUACUUGAGGAAUGGACCUAUACGAGAAAAAAUCACCGAAUAUAUCUCGCACUACAAGUUGGAUUUGUCGUAUCAAUGGGAAAACGUUACAAUCCUCAUUUGCUUGAUGUGUAGAAACGUUGCCGAAGACUACUGCUGGUCAGAAAUUCGUAAAAAUCCAAAGCUAUUAGGCUUGGUAUCAUAUGGUGAUACUACGGUGCUUCACGAGUUCAUACGCUUAGGAAAGCUGGAUAAUUUGCCGGACAUCUACCACAAUCAUCCAGAGGUAAAGCUGUUCUUUGAAACCGAACGUGGGAUCGGUCUGUUAAGAGAGAUGUUGUUCUCUAAACGGCAUGAAUCCGCUUCUUUCAUCAUGGAGCACCACGCAGAGUAUCUGCUGAAUAAUUUGGACUCCCUAAAAGAAAACGUUCUGUGUAUCUAUAAUGACAAAGAAUUUUAUAGUGUGAACGGAGAUAUUCUUUUGAAAUAUUUUCCUAUGCUGGCCACAGAAAUCGAAGAAGCACGAAAUAAGGAUCCAGAUCUUUAUCCAGGUCAUGACCUAAUAUUGGCAUUCCACAAAUUUCAACUAGAGUUUGACGAAUCUUCAAUCAAAUCUAAAAUCGAAACACCUUCACUAAGCGCCAUUCGAGGUACGAAAGGACUUUCCCUACUUCAUUACGCUGUAGACAAGGACAACACAAGCUGGUUUACCCAACUGUUGGAAUCGGGCUGUGACAUCGAUGCAACGGAUGACGAAGGCAAUCUCCCAAUCCACUACGUUCAAAGCAUGGAAAUGUUUAACCUCGUAAUUGAGAGCCAUCCCAAAGGAGUAGCCCUGGUAAAUCGAACGAACUCCGACGGUUAUACAGUGCUGCAUAAGGUCUGCUCUUUAUAUAUGGAACGAAAACCUCUGUGCGAACUGCUGGAAAAAGUCAUCGAGUGCGGUGCGAAUGUGCACGCACUAACGAACCGCAAUGAAUCUGCCGUCUUCAUGGUAAGAAAUUGUGAUGCGUUGAGCAUACUUAGAAAGCACAACAUUGAUCUGGAAGUGGUUAACGAUGAUGGUGAUAAUGCCCUGGACUGUCAUUUGCGCAACAGGAAUGUGUGCAUGGGUAAUGCGCUUUUGCCUUUGAUGGACAAAUUUCAAUUCUUCAAAGAUCACGCCCAUAAAUAUCUGAGCUGCUUUUUGGUCUCAAAUCGGGAUUUCUUCAGUUGCGAUUAUCAGCCUUUCCUGGAGGAAAACCCAGAAACCACCAAGAUCAUCUAUGAUUCACUUUUCCAGCAUUCGAGAGAAGAAGCUUCUCGAUUAUUUAAUCGGGCAUGUGGAAGUGCGCACAUAUUUAUUUCCGAGAAAUUUUUCGAAUUCGAUUACGACUUGGACUAUAAUUAUAAAGAUGACUACGGAUAUACGCCAAUCAUCGGAUUGUGUAGCUACAUGGAAGAAUCGAAUAUCCACUUAAUACGCCAAUUGCUGAAGAAAGAAGUAGAUUUGGAUUGUCGUAAUCAUUGGGGACGGAAUGCCUUGCUGACGUUGACCAAUGGAAUGAGGUCGGCUAGAUGGUACGGUCAUGACGUUGGUUCGGUGCAGCUUUUGUUGGAUCAUGGUGCGAAGGUAAACGGCACAGAUAACGAUGGAAACACCGCGUUGCAUUAUGCCUGCAGUAAUAAUGACUGGGAGUUGGCCGAGAUGUUGGUUGAAAAUGGAGCUGAUCUCCUGAUAAAAAAUAACGAGGGUAAAAUUCCGUUGGAAAAUGCUUCAAAUGUGAGCCAAGAGCUUUUCAGUUUUAUGCGUUAAAUACAUUUUUUUAUUGUUUGGCUUAACAUUAACUUUAUUUUGUCAACUGUUGAAUAUCAUGAAUAUUUGUUAUUUCCACUUUUCAUUGUUAAAAUAAAAACCGUCACCUAAGCUUUAAUCGUUUGCAGUGGAAUGACUUUUUUUUGCUCAUGAAAUACCGGAACGUUGAAGUUAGCUGUGGGUAACAUGUUCGUGGACUACGGGCAUGUUAUAUCUGGAAAGUAUGUUUGGAAAUAACCUUCCCAAUAAACUCUUGUUCG